CUAGGGGAGCCAGCCCAGCACAGCUGCAGAAAGCAUCAGAAGGAGCCAAUCACUACACAAGGAGGCGGGUUGAACUGCACGUGUUCCUGUUUGUGUACGUGCAGCAGUCGGGUCCCAGCUGAGUGGGCGGGGAGUUCAGACCGGAGGUUCCCUUCCGAGCGAGCCCGGGCUCUGACUUGUGUUAUGCGCUGCAGAGAAUCCGGGACGGGCGAACUGCGGGUCUUCUCCUCCAUUACCCCUCCAGCGCAGCAGUAGUCGCAGAAUAGUGGGAGUCCUUCGCCGUAUGGGGUCAAUGCUGAUGAUGCUGGAUUGCAGCUCAGAGUCUGACGGUUUGAGCCUCCUGCUUGAGUCAGGAACUGGGGUGAACGCACCCGCAGAUGGCUUUGGUCAGUCUCCAGUUCACUUAGCUGCUUGUGGCGGACACGCUUUUUUCCUACUUUGGCAACUGCAAACGGGAGCUAAUCUGAACCAACAGGAUUGCCAUGGAGAAGCUCCAAUUCAUAAAGCAGCAAGAGUUGGGAGCUUGGAGUGUCUUGCUCUACUUGUUGCCACCGAUGCUAGAAUAGACUUAUGCAAUAAUGAUGGACAAACAGCAGAAGAUCUUGCAUGGGCUUUUGGAUUUCUGGAAUGUGCCAAGUUCCUCACAACUGUUAAAAAUACUCAAAAUAUGAAGCUAAGAGAACAAUCUAGCUACUCACUUAAGGACAAUUGUGGUUUGCCAAGGGAGGCUUCAGCUGGACAGAAACGAGCAUGUGGAAUUAUGGGACCCACAAACAUGAAGAGGAAGCGAUCAGAUGAUACCACGUUUUAGGCUGUAAGUGGGAGAACCUGUAACCCUGAAAACAAUCUUUAAGAAGAAUCUGACAUCUGCGAAAAACUAAUGUUAUUGGUUUAUGAACUAAGCAGCCCAAUAUCUGAUGCUCUGCUGUCUCCUUCUGAGAAGGAGGAAAUCUUGGUUAUUUUUUCUUCUUGAAGAAGACAUUUUUCUAGAAUACUUUGUAUUCAUACAGCUGUAUGUAUGUGUUCAGUUGUAGACUAUGUAUAAUAGAUCACUCUACUCAGGUAAACGGAAAACAAAAUUGAUACUUGGCACAUACAGUGCUUCUCUCUGGCUCCCCACAUCCAAAGGAUAAUGUGUAGGAGAUUUAACAUUUUGUUAAGUGGCAUUCCCUGCCUCCGGUUGUAUGAUUAUUACUACUUAAUGGCUACUGUCAAACAGUUACCAAACUUCACUACAAAAGGGGCUGUAUGGAGCUGUUUGGAUCAGUUUUAAAUUGGAUCACAAUUUGGCACAAGCUGCUUACAUAAGUAAAUGUUAAAAUACCAGGCCCUAAA